CUUGACAACGUUUCGUUUCCCCAUCACUUCCGGGCUGAUAACAAGGGUCGUUGAUGCCUGCAGAUUUUAAUUAAAAUAUCUUAGUUUAAUAAAUACAUUGGCGCCAUAGCUGUGAUGUUUUGGGAGUGAUAUGGUCACAAAGCCUACAAAUGAGGUUGGUGUAUUGACGAAAUUCUUCCAAGAGACGCAGGAAUAGCGGAUGAUGAAGAGGUGAGCUGACUAAAACCAAGCGGUCUGUCAGUCCAUCCAUCAAGCGGAUCUAUCAGAGGAACCACCAGUGCAUGAGAAGGAACACAAUCAGUUUUUUGGGGUGUAUCCCUCACACUUCCUGCCCCACCCACCUCGACAGACUCCACCCCGUGACCCUUGACAUCCAAGAUGAAACUAAAAGAGGACAUGAACCCACUGCUGCUGCAGGUCUUCCGCUCGGUUGUCUGGGUCUACUCUGUCAUCACCUUCCUGCCCUGGUACCUGCUCUCGGGCGCAGGAGCCAACCUAGACCGGGCGCGGCGAGUCAAGGCACGGUCAGUGAGUGGUCGCCCGGCGGGCCCUUACCGGGCGACCAACCAUGAGGAUGGUAGCCAGCAGAAGCUGGUGUCUUCCUUGCACCCAGGAGUGGACACCCUGGACAAGGUGAUGGAGCAUGGAGCGGCCAGGUUCCCAGAGAGGAACUGCCUGGGCACGAGAGAGGUGCUGAGCGAGGAGGACGAGCUCCAACCCAACGGGAAGGUCUUCAAGAAGGUGAUCCUGGGGGAGUAUCAGUGGAUGUCGUAUGAGGAGACCUACCAGGCAGCAGUGUGUUUUGGCAGUGGGCUGGCCGCGCUGGGCCAGAUGCCUCAGUGUAACAUCGCCAUCUUCUGUGAGACCAGGGCCGAGUGGAUGAUAGCAGCACAGGCCUGCUUCAUAUACAACUUCCCAUUGGUGACGUUGUACUCUACUCUGGGCGGAGCGGCCAUUGCCCACGGUUUGAACGAGACUGAGAUCACCCACAUCAUCACCAGCAAAGACCUGCUACACAGCCGUCUCAAGGACAUUCUGUUGGAGGUGCCUCGGCUGCAGCACAUCAUCGUGGUGGACAGUAAGCCAACCAGUUGGCCUGGCUUUCCCCGCGGCAUCAUGGUCCACAACAUGGACGCCGUGCAAGAGCUGGGCUCCAGACCCGACAACAUGGCGGUGGCGCGCCGGCGGCCCGUGCCCUCUGACAUCGCUGUCAUCAUGUACACCAGCGGCUCCACGGGCAUCCCCAAGGGCGUCAUGAUCUCCCAUAGCAACAUCAUCGCGGGCGUCACAGGCAUGGCAGAGCGCAUCCCAGACCUGGAUGAGACAGACACCUACAUUGGGUACCUGCCACUGGCCCAUGUUCUGGAGCUGAGUGCAGAGAUGGUGUGUAUCUCUCACGGCUGUUGCAUCGGAUACUCCUCCCCACAGACGCUAGCAGACCAGUCGACUAAGAUUAAGAAGGGCAGUAAAGGAGACACCAGUGUUCUAAAACCUACACUCAUGGCUGCUGUACCGGAGAUCAUGGAUCGGAUCUAUAAGAAUGUGAUGACCAAGGUGGAGGAGAUGAGCAGUGUGCAGAGAACCCUCUUUGUGUUGGCCUACAACUACAAGAUGGAACAGAUCACCAAGGGCUACAAGACCCCGCUCUGUGACAGUCUGGUGUUUAGGAAAGUGCGCUCGUUGUUGGGGGGUCACAUGAGGGUGCUGUUGUCAGGCGGAGCGCCCCUCUCCGCUGCCACCCAGCGCUUCAUGAACAUCUGCCUCUGCUGUCCCGUGGGCCAGGGCUACGGCCUCACCGAGACCUGCGGAGCUGGCACCAUCAGCGAGAUGUGGGACUACAGCACAGGCCGGGUCGGCGCUCCUCUGAUCUGCUCCGAGAUCACCCUCAAGGACUGGGAGGAGGGCGGUUACUACAGCACAGACAGGCCACACCCGAGAGGAGAGAUUGUAAUCGGCGGGCCCAACGUGACUAUGGGUUACUACAAGAACGAGGUGAAGAACCGCGAGGACUUCUUCGUGGACGGCAACGGCCAGCGCUGGUUCUGUACAGGAGACAUCGGGGAGUUUCACCCAGACGGCUGCCUCAAGAUUAUCGAUCGUAAGAAGGAUCUGGUGAAGCUCCAGGCUGGGGAGUAUGUGUCUCUGGGGAAGGUGGAGGCCAUGCUGAAGAACUGCCCUUUCGUAGACAACAUCUGCGCCUACGCAAACAGUGACCAGUCGUACGUGAUUGGCUUCGUGGUGCCCAAUCAGAAGCAGUUAAUGGUGCUGGCGGAGCAGCGAGGGUUACGGGGCAGCUGGGAGGAAAUCUGUAACAACCCUGACAUGGAGAGAGACGUUCUCCACAUCAUCACAGAGGCCGCUCUGUCAGCCAAACUGGAGCGCUUUGAGAUUCCGAGGAAAAUCCGUCUGAGUGCAGAGCCUUGGACACCGGAGACUGGCCUGGUGACCGACGCAUUCAAACUCAAACGCAAGGAGCUCAAAUCCCAUUAUCAGGAAGACAUCGAGAGAAUGUACGGUGGCAAGUAACACCACACACACACACACACACACACACACACACAGGCAUACGCAAGGAAUCCAACAAGCGCUACCUAGAUGACAUGAAAACUGGAGGGAAUGUACGGCGGCAAGUUACACACAAACAGACACAGCCCCCCCCCCCCCCUUCCCAAGACAAAAGACAGAGGGGCCAAGCCAGUUCGAGCAGCAUCAGUUGAUUGUCUUCGUCAAAAGUUUUUCGGGGUCUGUGUGUUGCUAUGACGACGCUGGCAUCAUGGCGUGACUCGGCCGUGACACGGAAAAUGACACGUUAAUCUUGUCCCACUCCUCUGCUCCUCUCCUCCUUUUCUCCUUCCCUUCUCUCUCCUAUCCUCCAUCUAGCAUGGUCUUCGGCCUCUGUGUGUAGUCCAGACACCUGAUAGUAGAAAGGAUGUUUUGUGAAUGUGGCCUGGAUCGUGUUCAUUAGGCAUCAAACGGAAGAAAACUGACUGAAACAGGGAGGGACUACCUGAACAUAGCAAAACGUUUCUUGUUGGACAUGUUGUGCACUAAUGAAUACGACUCUGAAAAAUGAGGCCCUUCGGUUUAAACGUUCCACAUCCAGGUUUGAAUCUAUGCAGGGAUCCCUUUUAUUGUAUAAAUGUUUUGGGAUGUGGUGACGUUUUGUUCAUGUUUCGUUGUCUUUCUUUUUUUAACGUAAUCGGUUUGUCUUGGUUCAUUUCCGAAACCUAUUCGAUGAACAUCUUGUGUCUGAGAGAAAUUAGUGUUUUGUGAAACCAUAAGAUUUUUGUAACGCAACUCGCAUUUUUUUAUUUGCUUUCCUUAUUUCUUGUUUUUUUUCCUGAAUGGUUUGUUUCUCAUUUAUCUGUUACCAAACUGACAUUUCCCUCGUCUGCCUCUAGGUCCUGAAGGUUGCUUCUAUUCUAUGGAAGAGUAUGUGUUUACUGACUUGACUAGAUUAAGUCCUAUGUCACUGUUACAGUGUGCCAGGGAUGGAAUCUCCUCCCUGCUCUGUGCCCCUGUGUGUGGCUACGGGCUGAUGUGAUGUGCCUGGGUUGGCUGGUGGAACCAAUUUCUCGUAAUGUAGCCUGAUCCUGGAUCGGUUUUUACUUUAGCCACCUCUUCUUGACUAUUUGUGAGAUGUCAUGAGUUGACACGGGCAAGAAAAGAUCUGGGACCAGGUAAGUAAUGAAGGUGUCCGGGGGGGGCGGCGGGGAAGUAGGAUGCAGUUGCCCCGUAAAGCUGAUCGAAGUUUAGUUUCUCUUUCCUGUGGUUGAGGCUAGGAUGGGGAGAGGACAAGCUGAUCCUUGAUCUGUGCCGAAAGGGCAACUUCUCAGCACGUGACACCAAUCCUACUGAGACCCUUAUUCAUUUCUACUCUGUCACUUAACCAGUAGGAGGCCGUCUCUGACACUGGUUCAUCUUUGAAGCAUAAUCUGUAUAGUAAUGUCCACAUUUACAGGGGUGUGUGUGUGUGUGUGUGUGUGUGCGUGCGUUCUCUGACCCUGAGCUUCUUCCCAAUGUCUCUGUGAAGCCCGCUGCAUGCCCACCCCACCUGACCUGUAGAAGUCUGUUCCCUUUCAAUGUUUCCUCCAGCAAAACGAUGUUACAUACACAGUGUCCUGCUGAACCAGGUCUGUGGCUCCAUAAACCAUGUUAUCACCAGGACGAUCUGGUUCCGUAAAACCACGUCGAUUGUCUUUAUCGGCAACGUCCUAAACCUGCCGUUUUUACUCCAUAAAAUGUUGGCCCGUGUACCGCAUGGAUGUCUCCUAAGAGAGCCAAUGGCUCCCAGUCCAGAUCUGUAGCCGUUUGCCUUUUUUAGUUGCUCUUCGGCAAGACUGUGUUUGUGUCAUCCAACGGUAGUCCCAUCUACCCUGAUAUCCCUGUUCGUAUUACAGGAAUGCAUUGUCCUAUUUCUUUGUCAUAGCUCUAGUUACUGUUGCUAUUAUUGAUGAAAUGCAGAUUGAAUGUGCAAUAUUUAUACGAAAUGCAAAUUCUAAAACCUAAAGUAUGUAAAGGAAAAAUGCACAGAGAGAGCGAGCCCCUUCACAGUGUAUGAAUGUGUGGGUGCGGGCCUGUCUCUUUCCAAUUAAAUGUACAAAGAAAACCUAGAGGACAGGCGGACGGACAGAAAACAUGGUUGUAGAAGUAGUAACAUAUAGCCUCUUUAUGGUGUGAUGUUAGUGGCAACAGAAAUGUAAUCUGAAUUCAAUCAUCUUGAAUUCAUUCAAAUUUGUUGGCAGUAAUAUGACUCUAUACUUAUUUUUCUGUAUUGUGAAAGUACUGUACCAAUUAUAGUAAUGAAGACUAAUAUUUUGUCCUUGUAAAAGAAAAAUACAAUGGUGAAGAAUAGGGCACUACAGGUGAACAGAUUUAUGUCUCCGGGAAGUUAUUUGGGUUGCAUGAUUCCUUGUGAAUGCACUAUAUACAUUUGUGACAUAUAAUGUAUUCAGAAAUAAAAUCCAAGAUGAAAAGUCACGUGUGCAAUUCCAUACGAGAUUUGCCCAAAGAUAUGUAAUCCUUGGAAAGGUACUUUGGGGUAAGGAGGUUUGGCAUACCUUUUUAAAGUUGAAAUCAUUGAUUUAAAAGUUGGAAAGUUCAUGACAUGUUUUGCUUUGCCCAGGCCUUUUGAAGAUAUGACCCAUUUUAUACAUUAGAGGAGACAACCAACUGUGCAAAUCACCAGCAGAGGGAGUUCUGAAUCUGUUCCCACGCGAACUGUGUUGUCGAUGCUCCAAAAAUAGAUCAUCAUUUCAAAAGUAGCAGAGCGACCACUCUGGAAAUGUUAUGUACUCGUAGAGUAUAUUGUUUUUAAACAAUUUCCAAUACUGAACAAAAUUCAAAAGGGGACUUUUUGAGACAUUUACGAUAAGGCCCAGGUAAGGCCAAAAUGUCACACAUAUUUCUCAAUUAUUUUGGGUACAGAUGUCAAUGGUAUUCCAGACAAAAUGAAGUUUUUUAUUGAUUUCAGGAAGAUUAAAAGCAUCAUAAAUAUCUCUGGGCCAAUCUCGUUUGGAAUUACACGUACAUUAUAGGCUGCCAUAUAUGUAUUGUCUGCAAAUGAAUUACUGUGUAUGAGCAAUGUACAGUAUAUACCGUAGAAGAGGAACAGCUUGGAUAUUUAGCACAAGGGAUAUUUCAGCAUUAGAAAAGGACCCUCGGUUUUGGGAAGUAGUCCAAAACACUGAUGAUGUUACGAAUGAGGAACCCAGGUGCAGGCUGGUUCCCGUUCUUCUUACAGUUCCUGAUAUUUCAUUGGUUCUUUGUAUUCAAUUCCCAACCAAUGUCUGUCCAGUCUGCUGCUUUGCUAUCCCAUACCAGGCCACAAUUGGUUAAGAAGAUUUGUUCAUAGGAAUAUACAAAGUGCUGUAUCUUGAGUGUUUCUCUGAGGUUAUACGCACAUACAUAUACACAUGCAUACACACAUGCAUACAUACACUACCAUUCAAAGUUUUCGGGUCACUGAGAAAUUUCCUUGUUUUUAAAAGAAAAGCAUAAGAUUUUGUUCAUUAAAAUAACAUCAAAUUGAUCAGAAAUACAGUGUAGACAUAGUUAAUGUUGUAAAUGUCUAUGGUAGCUGGAAACGGCAGAUUUUUUAUGUAAUAUCUACAUAGCCGUACAGAGGCCCAUUUAUCAGCAACCAUCACUCCUGUGUUACAAUGACAUGUUGUGUUAGCUAAUCCAAGUUUAUCGUUUUAAAAGGCUAAUUGAUCAUUAGAAAACCCUAGAAGGCCAGCAUCCCAGAGUCACCUCUUCACUGUUGAUGUUGAGAUUGGUGUUUUGCAGGUACUAUUUAAUGAAGCUGCCAGUUGAGGACUUGUCAGGCGUCUGUUUCUCAAACCAGACACUCUAAUGUACUUGUCCUCUUGCUCAGUUGUGCACCGGGGCCUCCCAUUCCUCCUUCUAUUAUUCUGGUUAGAGCCAGUUUGUGCUGGUCUGUGAAGGGAGUAGUACACAGCGUUGUACGAGAUCUUCAGUUUCUUGGCAAUUUCUUGCAAGGAAUAACCUUCAUUUCUCAGAACAAGAAUGGACUGACGAGUUUCAAAAGAAAGGUCUUUGUUUCUGGCCUUUUUGAGCCUGUAAUCAAACGCACAAAUGCUCCAGAUACUCAACUCGUCUAAAAAGGUCAGUUUUAUUGCUUCUUUAACAGUUCAUCUUUGCUAAAAUAAUUGCAAAAGGGGUUUCUAAGGAUCAAUUAGCCUUUUAAAAUGAUAAACUUUGAUUAGCUAACACAACGUGCCAUUGGAACACAGAAGUGAUGGUUGCUGAUAAUAAUGGCCUAUGUAGAUAUUCCAUAAAAAAUCAGUGGUUUCCAGCUACAAUAGUCAUUUACAACAUCAACAAUGUCUACACUGUAUUUCUGGUCAAUUAGAUUUUUUUUUAUGGACAAAAAGUGCUUUUCUUUCAAAAACAAGGACAUUUCUAAGUAACCCCAAACUUUUGAACGGUAGUGUACGUACAUUACAUGUCUUAGUAGUGGAGUCAUCCACUUUAACUACUGAUGUACCUAAAGACAAGGAACAAAGUUUGGUGUACAGAUUAAUUUGACCUCUCGCAUUGUUUAUAGUAAAUAUAGUAAAUAUGUUGGAAGGGGAGGGGUUAAUAUGAUCAAAUUUCCUAAAGAUAUACCAGUUGUGCAGGUGUAAAACCUCAUUUAAACCUAUUUGGUCUUGGUUGUUCACCAGUUUUUUGAAGUGGGUCUUUUUCCUCAUCCUUUAGUGUGAGUUACUGGCCUUGUGACAUCGUGGGCUAUUUGCAAAUGUUUCCUUCCUUAUUUAUUUCUAAUUUGGCCUUGGAAAAUUGUCAUGAAAAUAAAAGUUGUGAUUGGUCGAAAAAUGCC